AUACUUGCCCUGAGUGCUCUUGCUUUGAGCCUCCUCUACACCAGAAGAGUUCGGUGCUGGUUGUGGUCACAACCUGUACCGGUACAGUAUACACUGGAGCAAUAAUUUCCCUUCCUAUGAUAUAAAUAAACGAUGGAUAGAGUAAGUUAUGCAUCUAGCCGGAACCCCCCAUGAAUGAUCAAAGGGCUUUAAAUGGCGGGAAAUGUGUUAAUUUUUGAGAGAGAUCAACCUCGUAAGGGCGGAUGGUAUCCUAUCAGAAGAAGGGUCGUUGAGGUGCUUCAAGCUGGUGUAACUGAUGCUUUGCCUAUUGAACCCAUUAGCAGCCGCUAAGCUCUCUGAAUUCCUGCAGCACGUGGGCAGACUCAAGGAAGUGACAAGUGACACAAGUUACUCGCCGCCCCGCCUGCUGAACCCCGCCAGUGGGAGACUCUCCAAGUGGAGGAUAGAGUGGGGAGAACUCCAUUUGUUUGCUGGAAUAAAAAGGCUGUGACCUAUGGAGAGAUGCCGGUUCUGGAAAAUUUUCUGUCCCAUAAACUAGAAAUAAAUAAAUGCUCCACCAUAACUUUCCUGUACCCAGAGAAAGCUAUUCGGAACCCAUCGCGGGAGUCACACUGCUGAACACCAUACCUAGAUACUUACUUCAAGGACCGAAUUAUUGACAACCGUUGAGAAAAGAUGAUCUGGAGAUAUCGCAGACGGGUAGACACAGAAAAUCGUCAGAAGGAGGAUUCAUGGCCGUGGCUGUCGAACACCAUAGCAUGGAUCCAAAGCACCCCAGCCCCAUACCAUCUUCGCGACGUCACCACCACCGCUACAACCUCAACCGCUUCCAUCUCAUCCACCACCCAAGCUCCCGCCGGUGCCCUUGGCUCUGACACAAACCUCCCGCCCGACUUCGCAUCGGUUGUGCCGCAUCCUCAUCAUCUUCGAUUUCAACAGUCCUACUCUAUCCUCCAGUCCCGCCCACCGUCUGAAGACGGUUCCGACGAAUCGGAGCGUUUCAGCUUCAUUACCGCCGCUGGCUCUCAAACAUCCCUAAUAACUUUCUCCACAGCAGGUUCUAUGUGGGAGGAUAACGACCCGCUAUCGUGUGACCGUCGGUCCUCCACCUCAUCAUUCCGUGCACCCGGAGACUAUUCUCCCGAUGUAGGAAGUGAUACGGAACCGCCAGAUUUCCUUACCAGGCCACCUCGUACACCUCCGGAAACCUCAGGAGACGAAGCUGGGAGUAAACACGGCGAUGAGGAUGAGGAUGAGGAUGAGGAUGGGAGAUAUCGGCAGCAGAGAAGAGACCAGGUUUACAAUUCUCGAGUGGAGCAAACUCUUCUGGAGCGCAGAGACCUGCCAAUCGUUAUCACUGAUGCGGGGAAGAAUUCUGAGGGUAGUGGCGGCUUUAUCGUAUACGCCAUCAGAACAGGAGUUUGUUCCCCCCUGUCUUUCUACUUUCUCCCUUCUCUUGCGGGAAUCGUGUUCGACCGGAAUUCGAAGAAUACCACGGGAUUGCACUUGGCGAAACCUCAGUAUCCGAGCUAACCUGUUUGCUUAUAGGAUUUAGAAGUUCGUCGCCGAUACUCUGAAUUUGAAUCACUCCGUAAAAAUCUUUCCUUGCUCCAUCCUUGCCUUAUCGUCCCUCCCAUCCCGGAAAAACACCAGGUCUCCGAUUACGUUGCGGCUCCUACCAGUGCGAAAGAGAAUGUCAACAUCAUUGAUCAUCGAAAGCGUAUGUUAGGUGUGUUCUUGAAUAGAUGUGCUAGGAUGCGUAAGAUCCGAGAAGAUAGUGUAUUCCAACGGUUUCUGGAUCCGAAUGCGAGCUGGGUAUUCACAUUCAUUAUCCCGUUGCGGACAAAGGAACUGUGCUAAUAUAAGAGAAAAAAAACUGCAGAGCGAAGUGCUACAUUCAUCCCCAAUUUCAAAUUUGCCGAAACAACAUCUCAGGGCUCCUCCCCUCGAUCCUUCCAAUCCAUCACCGGCUCAUCAAUAUCUACCUCUUCCCUCUGCUUCUGCAAAGCUCAAAAAUGCUUCCAUAUCCCCCCCUUCAUCGUCCUACGGUGGUCCCGGGUCACGAGGCCAUCCCCGCUUCCCACCUCCCAACCACACGCUUUCCGAGACCGAACUAGACCCUUAUUUUAGCAGUUACGAAUCAUCCACACGUGUUUACGAGAACUUGCUCACAGGCUCUAUCGAGCGUGUAAACCGCAGAAUCUUGAAACGGUUGUCCGAACUCUCUAUUGAUUACCAUGAAUUGGGCGCUAGGUACAAUGCAUUCUCGUUGUCGGAGUCUGGAGAUCUUGCAUCUGCGAUUGAGAAGAUAGGGCAAGCUGUUGAUAGCUCUUAUAUAGCCACGGAGGAGUUGGCUCUUGUUCUCGGAUCUGGGUUCGCGGAGCCUUUGCGCGAAUCGGCCCAGUUUGCCGGUGUAGUGCAAAAGGUCCUUCGUUACCGGGUUCUGAAGCGUGUUCAGGAGGAAAUAACGAGGGAUCUAUUGCAGCAAAAGCGGACGCUACUUCAAGGGCUUGAAAGAUCAGAGAUGGAAGCGAGGAGGAUUGAGCAAUACCUUCAUGGUGGAUCAAACUUUGAGAGCUCUAGUUCUGGGACUGUGGAGCCGUCUGCAAGGGCUGAUGACGUGGAAUCAAUUGACUCUGGUGAUUUUCCUCCAACGCAUAGUGACACCUCGCCGCCCCAACGUUCCAAAUCGAUAUCUCAACGCUCAGGGUCUUCAUCAUCACGCACUGGCGAACCGCAAAAACACCGAAAAUCUCAAUCAUAUUCACCACCAACUACUGGGAGCAGUAGCGGGGGCUUUUUAGCAAAGGGAUUUGGAAAACUAAACUAUGCUAUCCAUGGAAUUGUUGAUGUUGAUCCUGAGAGAACCAGGAGAGACAACAUUGGUAAAACACGGGAACAACUUCAGCAAUUAGAAGCGGCAAUUGAAGCUGCUGAGAAGGAUGUGAAGGAUGCCAGCAAUGGAGUGCUAAAGGACUUGAGGCGGUUCCAGAAGGGUAAAGAAGAAGACUUGAAGAAAAUGAUGGUAAGUUCAAGCACCUUACUCUUAUGCUCACAAUUAUACUAACAACUUACAGAUCGUCUACGCUAAGUGCCACAUUGAGUGGGCUAAGAAGAACCUGGAGGGAUGGGAGGAGGCUAAGGAGGAGGUUGAGAAGAUUCAAGCAAAAUAGCCUUGGCACCACAAUCAUUUGCACACGGUGGGUAUAGAAUGGUCAGGUUGUCAUGCGCUCUCAGUUGAAGAAUUUCUCUUCUUUGUCAUGGCCUACAAAAACAUUUUCUUACUACAUUGCUGGUUGGGCAGCUAGGUUGGUAGGUUUGCGUUGGGUUUCGUGCUGUACUAUUGAGUUUAAAAAUAGCAUGUGUUUCUUCGCUUUCCCCGCCUUCCAUAACACAGCGUAGUUCCUUAUUUUAUUUCCCAACUAUAUUUGCCUUGGGUAUUAUUAUUAUUUGACUCACUGGGCGCUGGGUGCUAAUAUGAAGGGAUCUUUAUUUUGUUUUACAACAGAUCGGUUGGUAUCUAUCUCGAUAUCUCUCCCAAUUUGUUUUUCAUUUCCCCCACCCUCCGACGGGUCCUGGCUCUGGCCGUUGGAAUUGCUGAUUUGUAUUAUAAAGUCGCAGUGCCUGGUUGACCUGGCUAAAUAAACGCAGAUAUGUUUGCUCCAAUUAAGCAAAGUUAUUUACCCAAAGCUUAACCAUCUCCAGCACUGGCUGUUGCGAUCGAUAGAUUUUUUUUUCUAUACCAAUACUAGCAUUGCUGAUGAUAAGUUCCGCAACAAUCACCAACCAUGGGCUUCCUGUGAUACUACCGUAUAAUAGCUAGCCGAUCUGUGUUGUAUCAGUCUGUCCCUCCCCGAGACAGUAGGAUCCGAUGUUUUCGUUCUCAGAAGGUUUCCGGGUAUUGGAGGUUUGGAAGGUGGCUGUUAUAUAGACCUUAUGAUUCCUUGCUCCGCCUUGGGCCAAUUCGGUCACACAAUUUUCCUGAGUUUGACUAAUAUGGCUCUCUGACCGCAGAGCAUUGUAUCGUAGCUCUCUGGCAACCCGAACCUCGGACGAAUUGAGACGACAGGCCCAAGUCGACCUCAGCGCUUGAAGCCCAAUUCUUGCCAUAAAUGGUCUUCCCUUUUCCCGUUUUUUUAGGCGAUUGACUUGAUAUCGUUGUAUCCUGAAUUAAUGAUGGGCCCACAGGAAUGUCUGGCGGGUAAGUAACAAUCCCGCCAACUGUAGUGUUGACAAGUCACGCUAACUAAAUUUAGCCCUGGCACAAUUCCGGAAAGACUGAUAUCCGUCACAAGCAAGCUACUAAUAAAUACUGACAAGUACCGGUACUGUUCUGUGCCCUAAAGUUUAACUACGACUAUUUGCCUGCCUCAGCAACUACUAGCAAACGACCGAUCAGUUAUGAUCCCAUCCAUCUCCUUCUCUUGAAUCUCUUCUGUGUACUCCUCUCGUCAACAAUCGGGUAUCCCUAGCUAGCCGGGCGGGAUGGAAGAAAGAAAGAAUGGGGGAACGGAACCAAUAGAUACUGUACCGUACCACCCCAAAUCGUUUUCAUCUGUCUGAGGGCCUUAGAUAGCUUGUACUCGUAACUACUGUCUCCUACAAUUACAACAGGGGCCCAGUUAUAUAACAGUCCGUCACCAGCCAUCAUCCGGUGCAACAAAUAAGUCGCCCCGUAUAAGAGUGCAUCACUCACCCAAAGCUUAGGGAAAGUUUUUGACCUGAUGGGAAACAAUUUGACAGCCACCUCAUUAUUCUACAUAUUUUCCUCGUUCCCAUUUUCUCAAUAUCUCGCGUA